AUGAAUNCUGAAAAUGAUCGAAUUCAGUUUUUUCCACCCGGACAAUUAAACGGAAUAACUUUAGCAGGGACUGGUGCACCCGGAACUAUCGCACUCUUAUAUCCAACUGCAGUUGUGCUUGAUGCUGAUGGAUAUCUUUUUAUUGUUGAUUGUUAUUAUCACCGCAUUAUAGGUUCGAGCUCGAAUGGUUUUCGAUGCAUAGCAGCAUGUUCUGGAGCUGAUUCAACAUCUAGUCAAUUAUAUUAUCCAUUAACUCUUAGUUUUGAUAGUUAUGGAAACAUAUUUGUCACUGAUCAAGACAAUCAUAGAAUUCAGAAGUUUCUUUUGUCAACAAAUUCAUGCACUGUUUCGUACAAUCAACCAAAAUUCAGUGCAUAUGCUUCGUGGAGUAGUAAUGCAAUAACUUUUGCAAGUAUUGGUACGGUUGGGGCAGCUCCUUAUGGGAUUUUUGUCGAUGUUAACAAUACUGUUUAUGUGGCUAAUCAAGCUAACAGUCUAAUUCAAGUGUGGUUAGAAGGCAGUAAUAUACCUACAAGAAAUAUCACCAAUGGUUUAUAUCUUCCCUACAGUAUUUUUGUAACAAUCAAUGGUGAUAUUUAUGUUGAUAAUGGAAAUUUAAAUCAGCGUGUUGACAAAUGGAUAUUAAAUGGAACUACAAGUAGUUCAGCAAUGUACGUUAAACAGGAAUGUUUUGGUAUUUUUGUUGAUAUUAAUAAUAAUUUAUACUGUUCAAUGUAUUAUGUUCAUCAAGUUGCAACAAAAUCAUUAAACGGUAAUUCAAGCAUGUGGAUAGUCUCAGCUGGUACUGGUUGCGCCGGAUCAGCAUCCAAUCAAGUUUACUAUCCUCGUGGAAUAUUCGUUGAUACUGAUCUUAAUUUAUAUGUUGCGGAGUGUGGAAACAAUCGAGUUCAACUCUUUCAAUCUGGACAAGUAACCGCAAUGACUGUAGCUGGGGAUGCAGCGGCAGGAACUAUUUCACUCUAUUGUCCUAGUGGAGUUGUACUUGAUGGUAAUGGAUAUCUUUUUAUUGUAGACAGUUAUCAUCAUCGUAUUGUUGCACAAAGUCCGAACGGUUUUCGAUGUAUAAUUGGAUGUUCGGCUGUCGCGGGUUCAACAUCGAGUCAAUUAAAUAAUCCAUCACAUCUUAGUUUUGAUAGUUAUGGAAACAUAUUUGUUACUGAUCGAGAUAAUAGUCGUGUUCAAAAGUUUAUUUUAAUACCAAAUACGACUUACAGUGAGUAUACUAUCGAGAUAAAUAGUCAAAGCAAAAACUAG